CUCUACCUCGGCACAACAAAUUUGCAUGAACCCAGACUCCAAAUCAAUGCCUUUCUCUUUCUCUUUCUUUCUCUUUCUCUCUCUGGGCCAGAGGGAGGGAGGGAUGGUGAGCGAUCUGACACACCUCACUGUAACAACACCCUGGAGCUGAAACAAUGCAUCAUCCACUCUCAGGGGCAUGCGUUCCCUUUGACUCACAGCCCCCAGAAACGAAACAAAACAAGAGAAAUGCCUCCCCAAACAUAGCAAGCAAGCGAACGAGCGAGGAUGCACUCUUCCUGCACACGGCAACAAGUCAUCAGAUUUGGACGGGUUCGACGAUCUGCCACUGCAUGAAUCUUAUCUCGCUGAGGGCAGCUGAGGGCAGCUGCUGCCGCAGUUACUAUUAUCAUCCGGAGAUAGAUUCUCCUGCUCCUCCUGUAGUGCAGUAGCAGUAGCAGUUCUCCUUCUGCACAGGGUGGCCAGAUUUUCCAUGGUGCGCUCUGUGGUCACGUCCACGUUGGGGCCCUUGGAGAUGGUGGUUCGGUUGCGAGAGAGAUAGCUACAGUAUGGACAAGAUCCACAGCUAUCUGAUGUGCCUGCCUGCGUGGUGAGGAGGGCCAUGAUUUUGCGGGUGCCGGUUCUAUAUUCCCGCCCACCUCGUACACCUCGUACACCAGCACCACACCCAACUGCCUACUACUCGCCCUUCAGUCCCCCGUAGAUACGUCCACUAUGAUCUAAACUGGGAAGGGAGUUCGAGAGUUCGAGGGGGGAGGUGUCAGAGUCAGAGAAUGGUGGCAGAGUGAUACACGGAGCAGCUGUCGCUUCUUAAAAGGCAACGCGACAACUGAAGCUGACAGAGAGACGACAGGAAGGGAAUUCCCAGCUCCGCUUGCUUGCUUGCUUUUGUUGAGCUCGUCCCGACGUGAGGAAUCCGAGGGGAGGUGCCGACCAUACGGAGUAGUCCUCCAGUUUGUACUGUAUUCCACUACAGCAGUUCUGUUCUGUACAGAUCCACUUUGUUAUCCAAGGAUUGUGACGCAUUUGGACUCGCAUGCAUUCCAUAGAAUUGCGUUGCAUUGCAUUGCACUCCAUUGGAUUGGAUUUCCUUGCUCUGGUUUGCAUGGAGAGCAUCUUGCAGGCCAGCCUAUGGAGCAGCAGCAGAAGCAGGAAUGGUAGCGAGGCGUGUUUUUUUAGAGGGGUCGAUGUUGGUGGCAGGCAGGCAGGCAGGCUGGCCAUAGGUUUAGGUCCAACUGCUUUCGCAUCUCAGAUCUGGGCAUUUGUAGGUUUCCUCGUCCCAUUCCACUGCAUGACAUCGAGCUGAAGCGUUUGUAGCUGCAAUGUCCAAAGCUUUCCGAGUCAAUCGCUUUUGCUCCUUCCCUUUGCUCAACUGCUUUCGCGGCUCUCGUUCGGAGGCUGCCACAUUGCAUUGCACUGCAUCGCUACGAGGGAUCUCGGGUACAGCAAUCUAACGAACUUCAAGGCUUAGCUUCCUAUCAAUGGAUCAGUGGGUGGAGGGGCAUGCCCAUGCACCCACAUUUUGUGAUUUUGUUCCGUAGCUUCCCUUGUUUGGCGUCCUACUGCUUUGGAGUUUGUACUCUUAGGCUAGGAGGCUCUUUUGAGAUUGCAUUUGAGUGCAUCUCCAAAGCCAGCUUUAUGACUCUGCUUUACCAAUUCCCCCUUUUUAAAAUUCUAUAAUGGUAUAAACUAUCCUCGAUAAUUCACGAU